AAACAAGCCAGAGACCCAGUAGUUUGUGAAGACAGAACAGAAUAGUGUUUCAUCAACCAAUGCAUCCUUUGUACAUCUACACUGAGACACUAGUUCUUUAAUGAAUCACUUUCCUCUGCAAGGCAAUAUGGAAUAUCCAGGGCAACACUGGAAGCAGUGGGGAGAUUAUUAUCCCGAAAUUUUCCCCCAAGGCUUUUAUGAAACUUAUUCGUUAAACACUGUUCUCAACAACCAUGCAGAUUAUUUUCAUCAUCAGAAUUAUUUCAACCAUCCGACAAUGUCAUUGAGCAGGAGAUCACAGAAUGUUAUUCUCAACCAUGAGGGAUCACCGCCUCACGUAAUUCAACACCAGCAGCUUGAACAUUAUCAACAAGCCAACCAAGUGCAAAGAACGAGGUUUCCCGAUGAAAGUCUGUCUUCCUCUAUCCAACAAGUGAUUGUCACAUCACACUCAGGCUUGCCGGCUUAUGGAGCUACAGCAGACAACACAAAACAAAAUGAAACGCCCAAAAUGUGUAUCCUUGCACUUUCCAUGAUGAUAGCUGGCAUCCCCACUGUCCCUGUGCCGAGAGUGAAAGCGGAGGACAUGAUGUUGGCUGCACAAAAAUUCAGAGCUGACAACCCAAACCUAAGCGGCGACAUAGAUGAAAUGCUGAAAGACAGAAGAGAGAGAAAAGAGGUCUUUAUCAGUGAUCAACGUUUCCCCGUUAACAAUGCAGAUGAAAGGAUGAAUUGGAAAAGAAUGAGAGAAAGUGGAAUCCGUUAUCCUCAAAUUAACGUCUUGGUUAUAGAGAGUGGUGAUCAGUCAGAUGCAAAGAAAGUCCUAUCAAAUAACUUAAUGCUCGUAUGAAUGCUGGACCUUUUAGAAUAAGUUGGCCUCAGGGAAAAAGACAUUCCAAUUGCUUCAAAGAAUACUGUUUAUAAAUAUGAUGUUGUUAGUUCUUAUACAUUAGAAAAGAGCAUUUGAAAGUAAAUCUGUAUAUGAUUGACUGUCGUAAGUUGUGCUUACAGUUCAGUUUUUUUUUCCUCAAUUAUGCUUUAUAAUUUGUAAUAAUAUUCAAUACACAAAGUAAUAUAUUGGGUGUUAUUUACUAUUACCAACGAUAUCUGUGAAUUUUGUAUUAUGAAGGCAAAUACAAACUUCCAAAUAAUAUCUAGAAAAUAGUCUAGUUUGUAAGUCUAUUUGCAAAU